AUGGGCCAGCGCAGGAAGCAAGCGGAGAAGGUCGAGUACGCGCGCCACGGGAAGAAGACCGUGACAUCCCGCAAGGAGCGCGAAACCUGGUGCCGCAACUACGACAGCUUCCACGGGAAAACUGCGGACCAGAUGGUAGACCUGCUCCUCGAGGAUGGCGUCCUGCUUGACUGGGAAGGCCGCACCUGCCCCCACUGCGGCGUCGGAACCUGCGGCGCGCGGGUGCAUGAUGACAAUCGCGGCCCGCAUUGGCGAUGCAACAGCGGUAGGCUGCGCGGCAAGACCGUCGACCCGUGCACCGCCCACCCCGUCUUCAAGUCUGGCGGGGGUUGCCAAUCGUCGAGUUUGUCGACGAAGGCCAAAGUCCUCUUCUGCCUCACGCUCGGCAUGACCACCGCCCAGAUACACUUGCUGACAGGUGCCGACCACAACAUGAUCGAGGACAUGAGCGCGGCCGCGGCAGCCGCGCGGCAGAUCUACGUGGAAAAGAACGAACCCAACAUUGUCUUCGGCGACGAAGUUCAGCGGCGCUGGUUCGACGUGGAGGAGGAUGAGUCGGUCUUCCGCGCCCAGCUGUCCGACGACGGUCGUUCCAAGACGUGGGAACAGUGGGCGGGCGUCGUCGAGCGCGGGCGCCCUGAUAGCCUCGUUCUGUGGAAGACCCAAUCAGACGGCACCGAGGCCAACGCGCCAGGCCCAGGCGCCAUCAAGAAGACGGGUUGGGCGCCGUUCCAAAAAAGCCGCUUAGAGAAAAGCGAGGUCAUCUUGCACUCUGACGGGGCCCGCAGCUACAAGAUGCGCGCGUCGGGGCUCGUGCGCGACCACGUCGUGCACUGCAAGAAGCGGAAGAAUAUCGGCAGGAAGUGGGUUUGGUUGAAGCCAGUCUACUCGAAGGUUGCCACCCACAAGUUGCCCGACGGCUCCAAGAUCAGGGUAAAGGCAGGGGCGCAGAUCAUCGACCGCGCCUGGAGGUCCAUCAAAACCCUCAUUGGCACGCGCGCGGACCUCCCAGGCAGCAGGCGUCUCGCGGCUUCGGUUCGCUCGGCCCAGUUCGAGUACUGGAACAAGGGCAAGGAUAUGUGGGCGGCCACCGCGGAUGCCAUCUGGGAGGUCAUGGACGCGGCGUGCAGUCGCUGGGGCAGGUUUGCGUACGACGCCGAGGGAGACGGCAAGCCCACCUUUGAGGAGGCGUCGUUGGUGGUCAGCGGUAGCAAGUUAGACUACCACCCCUCGAAGUGCGUCAAGAAAGACAGGUUGGCUUUCGCUGGUGACCUUUCUAUCUUCGGCCUCCCUCUGCUACCGAUCGCGAAUUCGAGUGCCGCGAAGUUGGUCGCUUUCGCCGACAUCGCAUCCAAAUACGAGGGCCCGAUUGGCUUCGACAAGGUGCACGAGUUGUGCGCACAGGGUAGGUUCAAGGACUUGCAGGAGCCGCUGUCGCUCAAGCAGGAGCCCGUCGCCCCGUGCACGAUGCAGAUCUUCACCGUUCGCCAGAAGCCAGAGGACAGCGAGCGUUCGGCAUACCGCAUCCUCAAGGCCCACAAAAUCGACUACGGCAAAAACUUUCGGGCGGGGUCGAUUGCGUUCCAGUUCACGCUGGAGAAGCUCGAGGGCUAUUAA